AUGGUUGACCCCUGGAACGUGUCCACCACCGGCGCCAAAGGAAUGGACUACGACAAGCUGAUAGGUCAGAGGGAAAAUCAUAAUGUUAGAUCUCUGGGGGCGGRAUCCCAGGGGGAAGAGGGGACUGCUGUAACAUGUUUUUUCCCAGUGAGGUUUGGCAGUAGCAAGAUUGACCAGGAGCUGGUGGACAGAAGAGAGAGAGUCUCGGGACAGAAGGCACACCGGUUUUUACGCAGAGGAAUAUUCUUCUCUCACAGAGAUAUGCACCAGGUUCUGGACGCGUAUGMGAAGAACACGUCUUUCUACCUCUACACGGGCAGAGGACCCUCCUCAGAGGCCAUGCAUGUGGGCYACCUCAUCCCUUUCAUCUUCACAAAAUGGCUGCAGGACACGUUUGACAUCCCGCUGGUGAUCCAGCUGACGGACGAUGAGAAGUACCUGUGGAAGGACCUGUCCCUGGAGGACUGUCACCGCUACGCCGUGGAGAAUGCCAAGGACAUCAUCACCUGCGCCUUCGACGUCAACAAGACCUUCAUUUUCUCUGACCUGGACUACAUGGGGGCGUAACCAGACUUCUACAGGAAUGUGGUGAAAAUACAGAAGCGUGUGACUUUCAAYSAGGUCAAAGGCAUCUUUGGAUUUGGCGAAAGUGACUGUAUCGGAAAGGUCGCAUUCCCAGCCAUCCAGGCCGCUCCGUYGUUCAGUAACUCGUUCCCUCAGAUCUUCAAGGGCRGAAAAGACGUCCAGUGUCUCAUUCCCUGCGCCAUACACCAGGAUUCCUACUUCCGGGUGACCCGGGAUGUGGCCCCCAGGAUCGGCUACCCCAAGCCUGCCSUACUGCACUCAACCUUCUYCCCCGCACUGCAGGGGGCCCAGACCAAGAUGUCCGCCAGCGACGCCAACUCCUCCAUCUUCUUCCACAGACACGCUUUCUAAUACCCUGUUUACACUACCUUGCCAACCCCAAAUUCACUGUGCUUGCUCUGAUAUGUUCUUUUCACCUCGUCCUUUCCAGCAUGGUUCCAGCAAUAGUGAAUGCCUAACCAGACUGGCACAGUGCAGCUCAGCUUAUUAGUGUCAAAGAGGUCACUUUGUGACAACUUCUGAUGUAAAUGGGGCUUUAUAGAUACACUUACCUUACUUUAUUAGUUCCACAUACAGUUAACUGAAAUGGAAAUUACACUGAAGAAAAAUAUAAACGCAACAUGUAAAGUGUUGGUCCCAUGUUUCACGAGCUGAAAUUAAAG